AUGGAUAUGUCAAUUCCAGAUUUAGCGAUCAAUGGGGUUCAAGUAGAAAAUAAUGGAAAAGCAUUAGGAUUUAAUCAUGAUGAAACUUUUGGAGAUUAUAAAGGAACACCUAUCAUCUUUUCGGGAACGACUCAAGAAUCAAUUUCAUUAAAAGAAUUAGUUGAUCAAUUAACAAAAAAGAUUGGUGAACCACUUCAUGUCACCUCAAUUUCGCAAAGGCGAAUAAAAAAAAUCGGAGUUUGUACUGGUGGAGGACUUUUCGGUAUCGAAGAAGCAAAAAAGCGCAACUGUGAUGCCUAUAUUACUGGAGAUGCAUCCCAUACAACCUACCAUUUGGCGAUGGAGUUGGAUAUUCAUCUCAUAUCAGGAGGUCAUUACAACACAGAAGUGCUCGGUAUCAAAGCAUUAGGAGAAAAAAUUUCUAAGGAGCUUUCUAUCCCUACUACUUUCAUUGACCUUCCUACUGGCCUUUAA